CCCACCCGGGCUGGCCUCGCCUCCUCGGCGGCGGCGGCUUCCGCCCCUCUAGCUGCACUCCCAGAGGAAACGGAAGAAGGCAUAAACCAUGGAGGGGAACCGGGAUGAAGCGGAGAAAUGUGUGGAGAUCGCCCGGGAGGCCUUGAACGCCGGCAACCGCGAAAAGGCCCAGCGCUUCCUGCAGAAGGCGGAGAAGCUCUACCCACUGCCCUCGGCCCGCGCACUGUUGGAAAUAAUUAUGAAAAAUGGAAGCACAGCUGGAAAUACCCCUCAUUGCCGAAAACCAUCAGGUAGUGGUGAUCAAAGCAAGCCUAAUUGCACAAAGGACAGCACGUCUGGUAGUGGUGACAGUGGAAAAGGCUACACCAAAGACCAAGUAGAUGGAGUUCUCAGCAUAAACAAAUGUAAAAAUUACUAUGAAGUACUUGGAGUUACCAAAGAUGCUGGUGAUGAAGAUUUGAAAAAAGCUUAUAGAAAGCUUGCUUUGAAGUUUCAUCCAGACAAAAACCAUGCACCUGGAGCAACAGAUGCUUUUAAAAAGAUUGGAAACGCUUAUGCUGUUUUGAGCAACCCAGAAAAACGAAAACAGUAUGACCUCACAGGCAAUGAAGAACAAACAUGUAAUCACCAAAACAAUGGUAGAUUUAAUUUCCAUAGAGGUUGUGAAGCUGAUAUAACCCCAGAAGACUUGUUUAAUAUAUUCUUUGGUGGCGGAUUUCCUUCAGGUAAUGUACAUUCGUUUUCAAAUGGACGAGCUGGUUAUAGCCAUCAGCACCAACAUCGACACAGUGGCCAUGAGAGAGAAGAAGAAAGAGGAGAUGGAGGUUUUUCUGUGUUUAUCCAGCUGAUGCCCAUUAUUGUCUUGAUCCUCGUGUCGUUACUAAGCCAGUUGAUGGUCUCUAAUCCUCCUUAUUCCUUAUAUCCCAGAUCUGGUUCAGGGCAGACUAUUAAAAUGCAGACAGAAAACUUGGGUGUCGUUUAUUAUGUCAACAAGGACUUUAAAAAUGAAUAUAAAGGAAUAUUAUUGCAAAAGGUAGAAAAGAGUGUGGAAGAAGAUUAUUUGACUAACAUUCGAAAUAAUUGCUGGAAAGAAAGACAACAGAAAGGAGAUAUGCAAUAUGCAGCAAAAGUGUACCGUGAUGAUCGACUGCGAAGGAAGGCCGAUGCCUUGAGCAUGGACAACUGUAAAGAACUGGAGCGGCUGACCAGUCUUUAUAGAGGAGGAUGAACUGGAAUUUUAUUUAUAUCUUUUAGCGUACUCUUCAUUUUUUCUGUGAGUUUAGUUUCAUCAUGAGAGCUAAAGAAAAAGAUUUGACAUAAAAACUAAACUGAAUAGUUGGUCCCUGAAAUCUUGGACUGUUUAUGAUCUAUGGACUCCUUUAAAUAGUAAGAAACUGAAAACGAAAAUUAAUAUUUUAGUUAUGCUUCUGCGAUUAUUUUCACUUUAAAAGUUUAUGUGAUUACUAACUGAAAAAGUCUCGAGAAAGGGUUAUCACACCUGUAGAGGUUUCCAGUUUUAGUAAUUCUCCAUUGUUCCCCUUGUCAUGUAAAUAUUUAUGAAAUGAUCACUUUGUGUACAUACAAGAUAUUGCCUUUUUAUUUAAAUUCUUUCAGUGUUUAGCUCCAUGAGACACUUCAGUUUAAAUUGAUGGAAUAAAUGUUCUAUGACAAAAUUACAUUUUCCUUGUCAGAUGUCGAAUGUGUAGAGUUUAAAACAGUGAAACUUUUUCAACAAGAAAAGAAAAAACAAAAGCUCUUUAACUUUGUGUAAAAUCUUGUAGCAUUAUCUGCUUAGAGGAAAUUGAUAUUUUUAAUAUUGCCAUUAUAUUCCAAACUAUAUAUCGAGAUAAAUGAACUGGUGUAGAGUAUCAGUUUGCUAUUUAUUUAGUUUCAUGAAUGGCUAAGCCAUGUAUAGAAAUGAAUGCUAUACUGAUAAAUUUUAAAGAAAAUAUGGGGAAAUGGCUGUUAGAUAUUAAAAGGAGUCUCCAGCAGUUAUGUCAUUAUUCCAAUAAUUAAAACGCCCCCAAAUGUUCAUAUGUAUCUGUCUUUGAAGGCUGCUAAAAUUUAUGAAGAAGAGAACCUACCUGUUUUUCUUUCCCCCAUGGAAAUUUGCAGUUUCUUCUUAGUAAUCAUUUAAUCAGGAUCCAAAAGUAAAUGGGUUCUUCUACAAAUACUUAAUAAGAAAAAUUACUACUUUGCUUUGUGCCUUUUAACCUGAUUGCCAACUCUUAAACAUAUAAGUAGAUUACAGCAUACUUAUUUGACCAGAGCAUGAUCUGUUUGGCCACAUGCAGCAGUGGGCAGAAAUAUAGCAGCAGGUAGAAUAGUGAUUUAUAGCAAGUUAUUCUUACAAAAUUCUGAGCUAAAAUCUAUUCACCACCAAGUAAUUCAAUUAAUCCUGUAGGAAUAAGCUCUUUAUAGUUAAAUCCAUAAUAUAAAUUUGAAAAAUCAGCUGGAAAUUGAAGUUUCUGGUACCUGUACAUUGGGUAUGAAGCUUUUAUUUCUAGCCUUCUGUGUUCAACAGUUGUAAUAUUUUAAUUAUUUUGCUUCAUACUCAGUUAAUGGAACAUGAGCACAUCUUUGGUAGUUUUGUGUGUGUGUGCAAGAAUGCUAGUUAGAGUGGUAAUAUUCUUUUUUUUUUAAGAUUUUUUUUUGAAUAUAGUUAAGUUAAACAUCUGUUUAAACUUAAAGUGAGCAUUCUUUUAAAAAUGUUCUCUUGUAUCCCUUUUCCAGAUGAGUCAGUAGAAAUACCUGAUUGAAUUAGUAGGUUAAACUAAACAACAUAGUGUCCUAGGAAAACUGGACAUCUUAACCAACUUUCUUUUAGAAAUACUGCCUU